CUGGAAUAAAGAGAUAGCAAAGGCCAAAAAGGAUGCUACAUACAAACCAAGUCUUCUCAAGGCCGUUAUAAAGACAUUUGGUCAGCGGUACGGCCUCUUGGGGAUAUUUGUUGCAGUGUACAUUGUAAUUGUGAACACUUCCAGGCCAAUCCUUCUAGGUCUCCUCUUGCAGUAUUUCACACCUGAUACAACAGUCACGAAGGAGGUAGCUCUCUGGUAUGGAGGAGGGCUAAUCGUCAUAUUGUUUCUGUGUCUCUUCAUGGGUCAUCACAGUGGCUUCAUUGCACAGCAAAUAGGGAUGCGUAUCCGUGUAGCUAUUUGUUCACUUAUCUACAGGAAGACAAUUCGUUUGAGUAAAGCAACGACAGGAUAAACAGCCACAGGAAAGAUGAUAAAUCUUCUUUCAAAUGAUGUUAAUGGGUUUGAUUUUGUAACAUUUUUCCUUCACUACUUCUGGAUAACUCCAUUAGAGACAGUUGUGGCAACAUAUUUCAUAUGGAAAGCAGUUGGAUGGGCAGCUAUUGUAGGAGUUGCUGGAAUUUUUCUUCAGACGAUGCCUGUUCAGACUUACAUAAAACGGAUGACUACAAUGUAUCGUUCAAAAAUUGCUGUAAGAACUGAUGACAGAGUUCGACUAAUGAAUGAAAUCAUCACAGGAGUCCAAGUAAUUAAAAUGUAUGCAUGGGAAAAGCCAUUUGAAAAAAUGGUUGAAAUUGCUCGAAGGAAUGAAGUCAAAGUACUUAGAGGUGCCAAUUAUCUGAGAGGUUACAGUAUGGCAUUUAUGGUUUUUACUGAAACAACAUCUUUAUAUAUCACUGUUGUUGCUUAUGCUCUUCUGGGAAAUGUUUUAACAGCUGAUAUAGUUUUCACUUUAGCACAAUUUUUCAACCUUCUGCAACUUUGUUUGGCCUUAUGUCUUCCACUAGCAAUGCAAAUGUCAGCAGAGGCCAAAGUUUCAAUCUUCAGAAUUCAGGAAUUUUUGUUGCAAGAGGAACAUGUACCAGUACUACCAGCACCAGUCACAUUAGGAGAAAGUGAUAAAGAAAAACUCAAAGAAACGAAGACAGGGGUACAAAUGAAGAAGUGUUCUGCUAAAUGUUCUCCAUCAUCUAUAACAGAAACGUUAACAAAUAUCAGUAUGGAAGUCCUGCCUGGGAAUUUGUGUGCUGUUAUAGGUCCAGUAGGUGCGGGAAAGAGCUCACUAUUUCAUGUUUUUCUCCGAGAACUUCCUCUAACUUCAGGAUCAAUAACAACAGACAGAAAAAUUUCAUAUGCUUCUCAGGAUGCUUGGUUGUUUGUUGGAACAGUACGUCAGAAUAACUUGUUUGGACAGCCAUAUGACCACAGAAAGUAUAAAGAGGUAGUAAAAGCAUGUGCACUGAAAUGGGAUUUUGAACUAUGUCCAAAUGGUGAUAAAACUCUUGUUGGUGAAAGAGGUGUCUCUCUAAGUGGUGGUCAGAGAGCACCAAUAAAUCUUGCAAGGGCAGUCUACAGAGAUGCAGAUAUAUAUUUACUAGAUGAUCCUCUGUCUGCUGUUGAUGCACAUGUUGGUAAACAUCUGUUUCAAGAAUGUAUCAGUGGUUAUUUAUGUAGAAAGACACGAAUUUUAGUCACUCUCCAACGGCAAUAUCUCAAGGAUACUGACUUGAUUGUUAUUCUCAACAAUGGACGAAUCGAGGACCAGGGUACUUUCAGUGAACUUAUGACACAAAAAACUGACUUUAUAAAUCUGCUUGUCAGCAAUCAAGAAGAAUCAGAAAAGACUGUGGAACCAUCAAUGAAAAAACGACUGUCAGUAGGAUCCACAUAUAGCUCCGUUCCUGAUGAAAAUGAAGAAGUUGAUUUUGAUGAACCUGAUGAAACUGCUGAAAUGAUAAAAAGAGGAAAACUAAAAGGUACUCUUUGCAAAGAUUAUGCCACAGCAGGAUAA